UAAGCGCGCUCAGCUCGAACGUUGCGGUGGUUCAACUAGAAACAGAGAUUCCCAAGUUCAAAACGAAAAUUUUUGAAAUCCAAAAGUAAAAACAAGCCAUGUUUACAGUUAAUCUGCUGGCUCUGUGCUUUAUCAGCUGCCUGGGCGUUAAUGCCAAGCUGGAAGAACGGUUCUCGUGGAAGCAGCUGACCUUCGAUUGGCCCAGCGCCGAGGCCGAGGCGGAGGCCAAGCAGAGCGGCCAUUAUAUUGCAGAGAACAAUUUGCCACUUGGCGUGGAGCGUUGGGAAAAUAAAAUCUUCGUGACUGUGCCAAGAUGGAAGGCAGGGGUUGCAGCCACCUUAAACUAUAUUGACCUCUCGACUACGGAGAAGUCACCAAAGCUACGUCCCUAUCCCAGCUGGGCGGCCAAUAAGCUGCCAAUCGAUGUGCAGCCGCAGGAGCAGAAGACACCAUCAGGUGGACGUUUGGAUGCGGAGAAGGCACAGGAUGCUAACGUACAGUUGCAGGACAAUGCCACAAUCAUUUCCACCUUUCGCAUAAACGUUGAUGCCUGCGAUCGUCUCUGGGUGCUGGACACUGGUCUAGCCGAUAUCUUGGGCAAUCCCAAGCAAAUUACACCCAGUUCGAUAUUGGUGUUCGAUCUGAAAACGGAUCAGCUACUGCGUCGCUUUGCCAUACCCGCCGAUCAGACCAAGGAGGACACAUUCUUUGCCAAUAUUAUUGUCGAUUUGGAUCGCGAACAGUGCGAUGAUGCGUUUGCCUAUAUUCCAGAUUUGGGGGCAUAUGGCGUCGUCGUCUACUCGUACAGAGAUGAUAAGUCGUAUCGUGUUAAGCACAAUUACUUCCACUUCGAUCCGCUGCAGGGUGACUUCAAUGUGGCCGGCGUCAACUUCCAGUGGACCGAUGGCGUUUUUGGCAUGGCCGUUGGACCACUGAACCCAGAUCAUACCAAGGAUAUUUACUUCCAUGCCUUGGCCAGCACCAAGGAGUUCAAGGUCUCCAAUCGUGUGCUCCAGAACGAAAGUUAUGUGAAUGGCGGCGAUUCGUAUUAUGAUUUCAAAUUGAUCGGUGAUCGCGGCAUGAACGGACAAUCGACAGCCGAAUCGUAUGACAAGGAGACGGGCGUACUAUUCUAUACGCAGGUGAACAAAGAUGCCAUCGCCUGUUGGAAUGUUAAGCGUCCAUAUACAGCCGAUACACAGGGACUUAUCGAAUCCGAUUCGCAUACUUUGGUCUUUCCCAACGAUCUAAAGGUGGACAACACUGGCUCGCUCUGGGUACUAUCCGAUCGCAUGCCCACCUAUCUGUACAAGGAGCUGGAUCACAAUGCCGUCAAUUAUCGCAUAUUGACGGGUAAGACCAGCGACCUUAUCAAGGGUACACCGUGUGAACUGUAAUAUAAAUAUAUAUAU